UAUCAGUACUCAUUUUCUGGGUCUGUUUCCAAAAGGAAAUGAAUAUUAUCACAUCCUUUGUAGGUAUUCCCCUUGCCUCCUCCCUUCCCCUCCACCCCCAGUUUAUGGCUUUUAAAGAUUAAUCAGUCAUUUGCAAUGGAAGGAAGUAUGACCUUUCUUUGAACAAGAUUUUCUUCUGCAUUUUGAACUUUCAUUUACAGCCUCCAUAGGAAAACUACGAACAUUUAAAAGCCCUCUGAGAUGCAAACAAAAAUUCCACCUGCCCCCACAUCUUGAUCUUUUUUAUUUCCUGAGCAGUAAGCUCUUUCUUCAAAUUGUAUCAGCAGCUUCAAAGUGUUAAAACCUGAAACUUGGCUCUCUUGUUUGAUAUGGCUGAUUGUGAAUUCCAUUAUGUUCACAUGUUAGCCCAGGACUACUUGAAGCAUGUUCAACAGAUGCCACAACUGGAAUCAUGUCUACAUAGGACAUCUCAAAUACUUCAAAAAGUUGCUUUCUCUGUCCAAGAAGAAGUUGAAAAGGAUAUGGAAACAUUCUUGAACACUUUGGACAUUACUUCUGUAGAUUGUGCCAGAAGAAUUUUCAACAGUGUUAUGGAAAAGGAAUUUGAGGAUGGCAUCAUCAACUGGGGACGGAUUGUCACCAUAUUUGCUUUUGGGGGAAUUCUCAUUAAGAAACUUCUGAGACACAGAGCUCCACUGACUAUGGGCACUCAUGAAGAAAUUUCUCAUUUUAUCGCUGAGUUCAUAAUGAACAACAUAGCAGAGUGGAUAAGACAAAAUGGAGGAUGGGAAAAUGGCUUCAUAAAGAACUUUGAACCCAAUAUGGGAUGGCCAAACUUCACAGAUAUUUCAACAAAGAUCUGGAAUGUAUUUUCCUUUCUGAAGUAAUCCUUUUCAACUGAAAAGUAUCAACUUGUAUUGUGACACCUGACUACUCUUAAACACCGGCUAACACAAGAACUCUGAUCAAGAUUUGCUUCUUAUGGACAUGACCAGUCCCUUGCAGAAUCUAUGACAAUUUAAAAAAUCAGCAUUUUUAUUAACAAACUGAGUGUAUGUCUAUAAAUUUGGAUUCAAUCUAUUUUGCUUGGAGUAGUAGCUUUAAGUUCUGAGUUAAUAGAGCAGCAUAGCAAGAUACAAGUUCUAAGUCUUAUCACUUCAUAAAUAUGUUCAUUUGACAGAAACACACCAAACCUCAAAUAUAAUUAUCAAUAAAUGUAUACUGAUAUGCCCUUUCUAUAUACUGUUGUACUAGUUCCGAUCUUUCUUGAAAAUAGAGCUGGUUAUGUUAUUUAAAUAUCUUCAAUGUCUCUUAAGGAUUUCCAAAUAAAGUUCAACUCUUCUCCACAGAAUUUGAUACCCUA